GCUGCGGAGGCGGGGGCAGAAAGGGAGGUGUGUGGGACCCGACUGGUUGGGGGCCUUUGAAAGCAAAUGACAUCACCUCAGGUCUGAGAAAAGGGGAAGAGCCAAAAGCAUUGGCGGGGUCCUGGAUAUUCAGAGGUCGAGUCCAACCUGUACCUGUCCAGACACAGACCUCAGUGCACCACCACGGAGACAUCAUGCAGAAGUCACCUCUGGAGAGAGCCAGCUUUAUCUCCAAACUCUUUUUCAGCUGGACCACACCAAUUUUGAGGAAAGGAUACAGACAGCGCUUGGAGUUGUCAGACAUAUACCAAGCCCCUGCUUCUGAUUUAGCUGACCACGUGUCCGAACGGCUAGAAAGAGAAUGGGACAGGGAGCAGGCUUCCAAACAGAAUCCCCAGCUUAUACAUGCCCUUCGGCGAUGCUUUUUCUGGAAAUUCUUCUUCUAUGGAAUCUUGUUGUACCUAGGGGAAGUCACCAAGGCUAUCCAGCCUGUCUUGCUAGGAAGAAUCAUAGCAUCUUAUGACCCAGAUAACAAGGUGGAACGCUCUAUUGCUAUUUACCUAGGUGUAGGCUUGUGCCUUCUCUUCAUCGCCAGGACGUUGCUUCUGCAUCCAGCUAUUUUUGGCCUUCAUCGCAUUGGAAUGCAGAUGAGAAUUGCUAUGUUUAGCUUGAUUUAUAAGAAGACUUUAAAGCUGUCAAGCCGUGUUCUUGAUAAAAUAAGUAUUGGACAACUUAUUAGUCUUCUUUCCAACAACCUGAACAAAUUUGAUGAAGGACUUGCCUUGGCACAUUUUGUAUGGAUUGCUCCUUUACAAGUGGCUCUUCUGAUGGGGCUUCUUUGGGAAUUGUUACAGUUCUCCGCCUUCUGCGGCCUUGGUUUACUGAUAAUCCUGGUCAUUCUUCAAGCCAUCUUAGGGAAGAUGAUGGUGAAGUACAGAGAACAAAGAGCUGCAAAAAUCAAUGAAAGACUUGUGAUCACAUCAGAAAUUAUUGAUAAUAUUUAUUCUGUUAAGGCAUAUUGUUGGGAGUCAGCGAUGGAAAAAAUAAUUGAAAACCUGAGACACGUGGAACUGAAACUGACCCGGAGGGCGGCCUACAUGCGUUUCUUCACCAGCUCCGCCUUCUUCUUUUCCGGGUUCUUUGUCGUCUUUUUGUCUGUGCUUCCCUAUACAGUCAUCAAUGGCAUUGUCCUCCGAAAAAUAUUCACAACCAUUUCAUUCUGCAUUGUACUGCGAAUGUCAGUCACACGACAGUUCCCCACUGCUGUUCAGGCAUGGUAUGAUUCUGUGGGAAUGAUAAGAAAAAUACAGGAUUUCCUGGAGAAACAAGAAUACAAGAUACUGGAGUAUAACUUAAUGACCACAGGCGUGGUCAUGGAGAAUGUAACAGCAUUCUGGGAGGAGGGAUUUGGGGAAUUAUUGGAGAAAGUACACCUAAGCAAUAAGGACAGAAAGCUUUCCAAUGGUGAUAACCACCUUGGUGUUAAUGGCGAUAACCACCUCAGUUUUGGUCAUCUCUGUCUUCUGGGAAAUCCUGUGUUGAAAAACAUCAGUUUUAAGAUAGAGAAAGGAGAGAUGUUGGCUAUUACAGGAUCUACUGGAGCGGGAAAGACAUCACUCCUGAUGAUGAUUUUGGGAGAACUGGAAGCUUCAGAGGGAAAGAUUAAGCACAGUGGAAGAAUUUCAUUCUGCUCUCAGUUUUCUUGGAUUAUGCCGGGUACUAUCAAAGAAAAUAUCGUCUUUGGUGUUUCCUAUGACGAGUACAGAUAUAAGAGCGUCGUCAAAGCUUGCCAACUACAGGAGGACAUCUCCAAGUUUGCAGAAAAAGACAACACAGUUCUUGGAGAAGGUGGAGUCACACUGAGUGGAGGUCAGCGUGCGAGGAUUUGUUUAGCAAGAGCAGUAUAUAAAGAUGCUGAUUUGUACCUAUUAGAUUCUCCUUUUGGAUAUGUAGAUGUUUUAACUGAAGAACAAAUAUUUGAAAGCUGCAUCUGUAAAUUGAUGGCCAACAAAACUAGGAUUUUGGUCACUUCUAAAAUGGAACACUUAAAGAAAGCUGACAAAAUACUAAUUUUGCAUAAGGGCAGCAGUUAUUUCUAUGGAACAUUUUCUGAACUACAAAGUCUACGUCCAGACUUUAGUUCGAAACUCAUGGGGUAUGAUACUUUUGACCAGUUUACUGAGGAAAGAAGAAGUUCAAUUCUAACUGAGACCUUACGCAGGUGCUCAGUAGAUGAUUCCUCUAUCACCUGGAACAAAACCAAGCAGUCAUUUAAACAGACUGGAGAGUUUGGAGAAAAAAGGAAGAGUUCUAUUCUAAAUUCAUUCAGCUCUAUAAGGAAGUUUUCCAUUGUGCAAAAGACUCCAUUAGCUCUGGAAGGAGAUUUUGAUGAGCCCCAAGAAAGGAGACUGUCCCUGGUUCCAGACUCUGAGCCGGGAGAGGCUGUUCUGCCUCUCAGCAAUGUGAUCACCACUGGCCCCACAUUUUCAGGCAGAAGAAGACAGUCUGUUCUGGAUCUUAUGACAUACACACCCAGUCAGGGUUUCAGCAGUCUCCAGAGAACCAGAACUUCCAUUCGGAAAAUUUCCUUAGCCCCCCAGAUCAACUUAAAUGAAGAGGAUAUAUAUUCAAGGAGAUUAUCUGAAGAGAUUCCACUGAACAUCACUGAAGAAGUUAAUGAAGAAGAUUUAAAGGAGUGUUUCUUUGAUGAUGUGGUGAAGAUACCCCCAGUGACGACAUGGAACACGUACCUCAGAUACUUUACUCUCCACAAGAGCUUGCUUGUCGUGCUGAUCUGGUGCUUGAUUGGUUUUCUGGUUGAGGUGGCUGCUUCUUUAUUUGUGUUGUGGUUGCUUAAAAACAAUCCUGUUCAAGAUGGACAAAAUGCUACUACAAAUACAAAUAACACCUAUGUUAUUAUUAUUACCAAUACCAGCUUCUUUUAUAUUUUUUACAUUUAUGUGGGAGUGGCUGACACUUUGCUUGCCCUGGGCUUCUUCAGAGGUUUGCCACUGAUGCACACACUAAUCACAGCAUCAAAAAUAUUGCACCAGAAGAUGUUGCAUUCUCUUCUUCAUGCACCAAUGUCAACCUUCAACACACUGAAAGCAGGUGGGAUUCUUAACAGAUUCUCCAAAGAUAUAGCAAUUGUGGAUGACUUUCUGCCUCUUACCAUGUUUGACUUCAUCCAGUUGCUGUUCAUUGUGGUUGGAGCUAUAAUAGUCGUCUCCGUUUUACAACCCUACAUCUUCCUAGCAACUGUGCCAGGGCUAGUAGCCUUUAUUUUACUGAGGGCGUACUUCCUACAUACCUCUCAACAACUCAAACAACUGGAAUCUGAAGGCAGGAGUCCAAUCUUCACCCACCUUGUGACAAGCUUAAAAGGACUCUGGACACUUCGAGCCUUUGGACGCCAGCCUUACUUUGAGACUCUCUUUCACAAAGCUCUGAAUUUGCACACUGCCAACUGGUUUAUGUAUCUGUCAACCUUGCGCUGGUUCCAAAUGAGAAUAGACAUGAUUUUUGUCCUCUUCUUCAUCGUUGUUACCUUCAUUUCCAUUUUAACAACAGGUGAUGGAGAAGGAUCAACUGGCAUCAUCCUCACCUUGGCUAUGAAUAUCAUGAGUACUCUGCAGUGGGCCGUGAACUCCAGUAUUGAUGUGGAUAGUUUGAUGCGGUCUGUGAGCAGAGUCUUUAAGUUUAUUGAUAUUCCCAAAGAAGAAAGCGAGUGUGCCAAGACAAUGGAAGGGCCACAUGGGGAAGACUCGUCUCAUGGUUUAGUUAUUGAGAAUGAGCAUGUGAAGGAAAGUGAUGCCUGGCCCUCCAGGGGUGAAAUGGUCGUCAAAGACCUCACGGUGAAGUACAGAGAUGAUGGGAACGCCAUAUUAGAGAACAUUUCUUUCGCAAUAAGUCCUGGCCAGAGGGUUGGCCUCUUAGGAAGAACUGGCUCCGGCAAAAGUACCUUGCUGUCAGCAUUUUUACAAUUGUUGAACAUUAAAGGUGAUAUACAGAUUGAUGGUGUCUCAUGGAAUUCAGUGACCUUACAAGAAUGGAGGAAAGCUUUUGGAGUGAUAACACAGAAAGUAUUUAUCUUUUCUGGGACAUUCAGACAAAACCUGGAUCCCAAUGGAAAAUGGAGAGAUGAAGAAAUAUGGGAAGUUGCUGAUGAGGUUGGACUCAAAUCUGUGAUAGAGCAGUUUCCUGGGCAGCUCAACUUCACCCUUGUGGACGGGGGUUAUGUGCUAAGCCAUGGCCACAAGCAGUUAAUGUGCUUGGCCCGAUCUGUUCUGAAUAAGGCCAGGAUCAUACUACUUGAUGAGCCCAGUGCCCAUCUGGACCCCAUAACAUACCAAGUAAUUCGAAGAGUUCUAAAACAUGCCUUCACUGGUUGCACGGUAAUCAUUUGUGAACACAGGAUAGAAGCAAUGUUGGAUUGCCAACGAUUUUUGGUCAUAGAAGAUAACAAUGUGUGGCAGUACGACUCCCUUCAGGCACUUCUGAGUGAGAAGAGUAUCUUCCAGCAGGCCAUUAGCUCCUCAGAGAAGAUGAGGUUCUUCCAGCCCCGCCACUCUAGUAAGCAGAAGACUCGGCCAACAAUUACUGCUCUGAAAGAGGAGACAGAAGAAGAAGUACAGGAAACCCGUCUCUAGUGGCUGGGGGGCUGGGGAAGCAGCUCCGUGGACCUGCGUCCGUCCCCAGGACCCAUGCAAAGGGACGAAGCCAGGCGUUCCCCAUGCUUCUAACCCCAGCAGUGGGGACACAAGGCAGCUGGAUCCCUGGGGCUCUUGGCAAGCGAUCCUAGCCCCAAAGAGAGUUCCAGGCCAGGCAGCUGAGGAACAAUACCUGAGGAUGUCCUCUUGCCUCCACAUGCAAGUACGCACACAUGAACAUACACACACACACACAUAUUAAUGAACACAGACGCAGAAAAACAAAGAAGAAAAACUAAAAAAA